AUGGCCAUAAAUUUUGUCCUCGUCACCGGCGCAACCGGGUUUAUCGGCGCCCACAUCGUCGAUGCUCUUCUAGCCCGCGGCCUACGGGUGCGGGGCGCCACACGCUCCAUGGCCAAGGGUGAGGCCAUGAUGAAGGCACGCCCACAAUACAAAGAGCAGCUUGAAUUCGUCCAGAUCAACGACUUUGAGAGCCCAGGCGGUCUAGUUGAUGCCGUGGAAGGCGUUGACGGGAUAAUCCAUACAGCGAGUCCCUUCACAUACGACACAACAGACAACGAAAAAGAACUCAUCAUCCCGGCCCUAAACGGCGUCAACGCAGUCAUGGAAGCAGCCUCCACAAACCCCAAUAUCACCCGCAUAGUCCUCACCUCAUCCUUCGCCUCCGUCGUAGACAUCAACCGCAAAGCACCGCCCUAUUUCACAUACACGGCUGCAGACUGGAACCCGCUAAGCUACGAAGAGGCAAUCGACAAAUCCACCAACGCCGUCGUCGCAUACCGCGGCUCGAAGAAAUUCGCUGAGCUCGCGGCGUGGGAGUACAUCCGUGCCAAGAAGCCUUCGUUUGACCUGGUGACGCUCUGUCCGCCCAUGACGUUCGGGCCGGUCGUUCACCCUGUUGACGGUGUGGAUAGACUCAAUGAGUCGAAUGCGACAUUGUGGAAGGUUGCUAGUGGGGAUCCGCUCCCUGUUGCGCGGGUACCAUUCUGGAUUGAUGUGAGGGAUUUGGCGCAGGCGCAUGUUGGUGCGUUGCUUAGAGAGGAGGUUUCUGGGAGGAGAUAUACGACUACAGCGCCGGAGCGGUUCUCGUAUGCGCUUGCGGCGGGGAUUAUCAGGGAAGAGUUUGAGGGAUUGAGGGAUGGGGUUUCUACUGAGGUUCAGGAUGUUGAUGAGAGCCAUGGCUUGGAUGGGGAGACGGCGGCGAGGGAGUUGGGGUAUCAGUAUCGGUCUUUUAGAGAGACUGUGAGGGAUUUGGUGAAGCAGGCUUUGGAGAUGAAGGAGUAG